CCAAUCAGAAGAGUGUCAUUCGGCGAUUCAAAGCUCCAGAGGCAAAACGCUCCCAGCUAUCCCUCUAGUCACAAACUCUCUUCCGACUGUCCUCCAGCUCUGUGCCUGAAGGAAAGCUGCAAGAUGCCGUCCACCCCGACCAAGGAAAACAGCGGCCGCCUGCGGAGCUUCAAGAACCGCGGCAAAGACCAAGACGAGAUGCGGAGACGAAGAAACGACGUUACAGUGGAGCUGAGAAGAGCAAAGAAAGACGAGCAGUCGUUGAAGAGAAGGAACCUGCAAGUUGAACCAGACGAGACUCCUCUGCAGGAGAGCAACAAGACUGUUCCUCUCGACCUCUCUCUCCCCGCCAUUGUCUCCGUGAGCCACCCCCUCCCCCUCUACCACUCUGUGGUCUCUUUGGUCUCUGUUUGGUAGUCUUUUGGUCCCUCUGGUCCACCAGUGGUAGUCAGUGUUGUCUUUGGCCCCAUCCAUGUAGGUCUGUUUAUGUUUUCAUUUGUGCAGCUGAUGCUAGGGUCUGUGAUAACAUUUUCACAUCAUCACGGCACUUCUUAAAGUCUUUCUUUCUCUCUGUUUCUCUCAGUGCUACACAGUCUCGCUGUGAUAUAUAUAUGAGUUGUUCUUAACACUAUGUUAAAGGCCGUUGAACUAUUUUGGUGGACAAGCUUGCCUUAGAGAACUUAGAAUGAGAUUGUAACUGCAGCUUUACUCUUUUCCUCUUCUUCCUCAUAUCCCUCCUCUCUCCACCAGAACAUCAACAGUCUCAAUCCUGAGGCUCAGUUAUCAGGUGUCCAGUCGUGUCGUAAACUUCUCUCCAAAGAGAAAAACCCUCCGAUUGACGCUGUAAUUGGGAGUGGGGUUGUUUCGAAACUGGUUGAAUUUCUUGCAAGAGCCGACAAUCACAAACUGCAGUUUGAAUCGGCCUGGGCUCUGACUAACAUAGCCUCGGGAACCUCUGAACAGACCAUGUUUGUCGUUCAGUCUGGAGCGGUGCCACAUUUCGUGCGGCUGUUGUCCUCUGAACAUCUGAAUGUGGUGGACCAGGCUGUGUGGGCUCUGGGAAACAUUGCAGGCAAUGGCUCUGAUUGCAGGGACUUUACCGUCAGAUGUGGCAUCAUUCAGCCACUCAUUGAUCUCAUCUCAAGAACCACUGGGAUUGCUCAUCUGAGGAACGUGACGUGGACUCUCUCCAACCUCUGUCGCAACAAGAGCCCUCCUCCAGCCUUUGAGGCUGUCCAACAGAUCCUCCCAGCUCUGGCCCACCUGAUCAAGCAUGAGGACCGCGAGGUGGUGUCUGACACCUGCUGGGCCCUCUCCUACCUGACUGACGCCAGCACGGACAGAAUACAGGCCGUCAUCGACUCUGAUAUCGUCACUCGACUGGUCCAGCUACUGGGCUCCUCUGAGAUCAGCUGUGUGACGCCAGCGCUGAGAGCAGUGGGUAACAUAGUGACAGGGAGUGACCACCAGACCCAGCUGGUUCUGGACUGUGCGGCUCUCUCCCACUUCAACAACCUCCUCACACAUCCAAGAUCAAACAUUCAGAAGGAGGCAGCGUGGACCAUCUCCAACAUUACUGCAGGCCAACCAUCACAGAUACAGUCUGUCAUUGACAUGCAACUCAUCCCUCAUCUACUCCAGAUCAUGGCACGAGGAGAGUACAAGGCACAGAAAGAGGCAGUCUGGGCCAUCACUAACCUGACUGCUGGUGGAAAUGUUGAUCAGAUCAUCUACAUCCUGGAGGCCAAUGCUCUGAAGCCACUGUGUGAUCUUCUGGUGGUGAAGGAUGCCAAGAUAGUGCAGGUCCUGUUGGACGGUCUUCUCAAUAUCCUCAAUGCGGCCUCCAAGAGAAGGCUGGUGGAUCAGGUGUGUCUGAUGAUAGAGGAGUGCGAGGGUCUGGACAAGAUUGAGGCUCUGCAGCAGCACAGCAACCAAGACGUCUACAAACUCUCUCUCACCAUCAUCGACAAAUUUCUUCUCUGAGGAGGAAGAAGAGGACCAGUCAAUAGCACCGACAGUCAACUCCACUGGUGGAUUCCAGUUUGCACCUGCCGUGCAGAGUGUGCCUUCCGGAGGAUUCUCCUUCUGAGACUCCGCCCACAUCGUUAAUGAGACUCCACCCACUCCACCACACAUGCACAACAAACUCACACACAAACACUAAACUGACUUGUAUGUUUUUGUCUUGUAAAAAUAAUUAAAGAAUUUAAAACAUCGCAAAAAUCUUUACUGCUAACUAUUAGAAUCUGGUGCAGUACCAUAGGCCUGUCCACUUUUCUCCGUUGUGCCCCUACACUUCGUUUUUCUCCUUUUUGCUGCAUAUUAUUAGUGAAGUAUUUUUUGGGACACUAAACGUAAGGGUUUGGUGAAAGGAGAAUGAUGUUCGCCACCUCCUCUACGCUGCCGUAAGCUCCUGAGCCUAUUUUGAUCUCAGUAAGUCUCACGUUCUAGAGCACGAAGGAUACUCGUCGCGUCGAGCGCAGCCAUUUUUCGUUCAAUGGGCG